CGAGGCACGCUGUUUAAAAGGCUUCCCCGCCGCCUUCUCCUUGCAUCUCUCUCUUUCUCUCUGCUCGCUCCACCUGCUGCUCUCUCUUUCUCUCUUCUGCUCCUCGUUUUGCAAUGGCGCCCCCUUUCGCCCGGGCGCUGCUCCGCCACCGCGCCCUCUGGACCCUCCUGGGCGCCCCCCUGGUCUUCCUCCCACUCCCACUCCUGCUGCCAGGAAAGGAAUCCCGCUGCGGCUACGUGAUCAUCCUGAUGGCCAUUUAUUGGUGCACGGAAGCCAUCCCACUGGCGGCCACGGCUCUCCUCCCAGUGGUCCUCUUCCCCAUGCUGGGCAUCCUGGAGUCCAAGAAGGUGUGCAUGCAGUACUUGAAGGACACCAACAUGCUCUUUGUCGGGGGGCUGGUGGUGGCCGUGGCCGUGGAGCACUGGAACCUGCACAAGCGGAUUGCGCUGCGGGUGCUGCUGGUCGUGGGGGUGAAGCCCGCCUUGCUGAUGCUGGGCUUCAUGGGCGUCACGGCCUUCCUCUCCAUGUGGAUCAGCAACACCGCCACCACCGCCAUGAUGGUGCCCAUCGUCCAAGCCGUGCUGGACCAGAUGAACGGGGCCGAGGCCAAGCCGGACCGGCGGGAGGGACACAUCAACGCCGCCCUCGCCGUCGUUGGGAUGGAGAUGGACGAGAAGACGGCCACGGGUUUCUCCUCUGCAGGGCAAGGGAACGGCUUCCUCCCGGAAGGGCCCCCGGACCCCGAGAGGCAGGCGGCCAAGAAGCGCGUCAGCAAAGGGAUGACCCUCUGCGUCUGCUACGCGGCCAGCAUCGGCGGGACGGCCACCUUGACCGGGACGGGGCCCAACCUGGUCCUGAAGGGGCAGAUGAACCAGUUGUUCCCGGAGAACGGCGACGUCCUGAACUUUGCUUCCUGGUUCGGCUUCGCCUUCCCCAACAUGCUCCUGAUGCUGCUCCUGGCCUGGCUCUGGCUCCAGGUCUCCUUCAUGGGAUUCAACUUCCGGAAGACGUGGGGCUGCGGGGCCCAGGAGACCGCGUCAGAGCGGGCCGCCCUCCGGCUGCUGAAGGACGAGUACCGCAAGCUGGGCCCGGUCUCCUUUGCCGAGGGAAGCAUCCUGGCCGCCUUCGCCCUCCUGGUCCUGCUCUGGUUCACCCGGGAGCCCGGCUUCAUCCCCGGAUGGGCCACCGUCCUCUUCAACAAGGACAAGGAGUAUGUGACGGACGCCACCGUGGCCAUUUUCGUGGCCCUGCUGCUCUUCAUCAUCCCGGCCACCCGGCCCCGCUGCGGCUCUUGCUCCCCCGGCAGCUUUGACCUGGAAGAAGGAGGAGAAGCCCUGAAGGAGCCCCUGCCCCUGGCCCCAUUGCUGGAGUGGAAGGUGGUCCAGCGGAAGCUGCCUUGGAGCAUCGUGCUGCUGCUGGGAGGAGGCUUCGCGUUGGCCAACGGGAGCGAGGUGUCCGGUCUGUCCAAGUGGUUGGGGAGCCAGAUGACCCCGCUGCAAGGCGUCCCCCCUUGGGCCAUCGCCGUCAUCCUCUCCCUCCUCAUCGCCGUCUUCACCGAAUGCACCAGCAACGUGGCCACCGCCACCCUCUUCCUCCCCGUCUUUGCGUCCCUGUCUCAGUCCAUCGGGGUGAACCCGCUCUACGUCAUGAUCCCCUGCACCCUGAGCGCCUCCUUCGCCUUCAUGCUCCCCGUGGCCACGCCGCCCAACGCCAUCGUCUUCUCCUACGGACACCUCCGCGUCGCCGACAUGGCGAAAACCGGGAUCGUGAUGAACGUCAUCGGCGUCCUGUGCAUCACGCUGGCCAUCAACAGCUGGGGCCGGGCCAUGUUCCACUUGGACACCUUCCCCGCCUGGGCCAACUCCACUCUCGGGGAAUGAAGGUCAGGACCGCUGGGACCGCCGGGACGGCGACGGCGUGCAGACGGGGGUCCGGCCCAGGAGAUCCGCCUCACCUCCGGACCCGGCAGAAGGGGGAAUAAAUACGGGUCGCGUCCAAAAGCAAAAAGGACACCCGAGCGGGCGAACCAAAGAGGGGGCUGAUGCAGAUCCACGGCGGACCGCCCGGCGGGGGAAAGGGCUGGAAUCCUUUUGCGGGGGGUCCGGACCGGGGUGAAGGGCGGCUGUGUGAAAAUACGGAUCCGAGGGACUUCUGCACUUUGCGAAACUGACCACCUCGUUCUUUGUUUCCCCGAAUCCUUCGCGCAGGGUGAGCCUGCAGGGCAGGGCUCUUUGAUAAUAUUAUUUUGGACAAAGUGUUUGAUUCACUCUAUAAAGAAUAAAUAUUAUUUGUGUUCCGAUCUUUUGACGUCACCGGACGUCUGUCUCCUCUCUAUCUCUCUCUCUCCUUGCAGGAGAGCCCAUAGUGUGUUUUAGUGUGGGGGGAACACAGGGGUAAAGUGGCCCGAAUGCCUCCUUGUGGGGUCCUUUGCAAUGGCCUCCUUCCUGUGCACAUGUCAUGAUCUCCAAUCUUUGACAUCUCCGAUCGGCUGACAAAGAACAGAUGCCAGCCAUAAAACCUCAAUUACCCUCUGGUAUGUGAGAGCCCCUAUAUAAAUGAGCUAAAGAGAAGGUUCUGGUAUUCUGUACAAUAAAAUCUGUUAUGUCAUGAUCUCCAAUCUUUGACAUCUCCAGUCGGCUGACAAAGAACAGAUGCCAGCCAUAAAACGGGCCAGACAUAAAACCUCAAUUACCCUCUGGUAUGUGAGAGCCCCUAUAUAAAUGAGCUAAAGAGAAGGUUCUGGUAUUCUGUACAAUAAAAUCUGUUAUGUCAUGAUCUCCAAUCUUUGACAUCUCCGGUCGGCUGACAAAGAACAGAUGCCAGCCAUAAAACGGGCCAGACAUAAAACCUCAAUUACCCUCUGGUAUGUGAGAGCCCCUAUAUCAAUGGGCCAAAGAGAAGGUUCUGGUAUUAUGUACAAUAAAACCUGUUGGGAUCUA